AGCAACUGGGUCACUCUCGCGCCUCUUCAAGAUCCCGCUUGCAAAAACCCUAGAUACAACCUCCCUGCACCGCCAUUCCUCGAGCUCCGAGCAAAGCAAGUGGGAGAGAGUAGAAAAGCGAAGAGACGCAAUCCGCACAGCUCACUUUCCUCUCCUUCGCCUAAUUUUCUCGAUCCGAUUCGAGCUCAGUUUUCGCAGGCAGCUUGUUAGUUGAGAUCGAGUGGCGAUGGCGACAGUAGCAGCUCCAGAGGUGGCGGCGCAACCGGCGGUCUCUGCCCAAGUCGUGGGCAACGCGUUUGUGCAGCAGUAUUAUCAUAUACUGCACCACUCUCCUGAACUCGUUUUCAGGUUUUAUCAGGAUAUAAGUAAACUAGGCCGCCCUGAGGAAGAUGGAUCCUUGAGCAGCACUACCACAAUGCAAGCAAUCAAUGACAAGAUACUCUCUCUUAAUUAUGCGGACUUAAGAGCUGAAAUUAAGUCUAUUGAUGCCCAAGAAUCUUUUGAUGGAGGGGUAUCUGUUCUUGUUACUGGGUAUCUGACUGGGCCGGAUAAUGAGAUCCGAAACUUCUCACAGUCUUUCUUUCUUGCACCACAAGAUCGGGGGUACUUUGUAUUGAAUGACAUGUUUCGAUAUGUGGACACCAUCAAACAAAAUGAUAGGAGCCAUAUUCCAGUGGUUCCUUCUACUCCAGAGCCAAGUCCUCCAGAGCAAGAUAAUCAUGUAUUGGAGCAUAACACGGCAUCAAUAGAGGAACCAAAUGGAGAAGUGGUCAGCCCUGCUGAGAAUGGAGAUGUGCCUGUUGUGGAAGAGGAAGUUCCUGUGGCUGAGGUUGUUAAUGAAGUAGAGGAGGAUUCACAUGUGGCAGUUGAAUCAAACAACAAAGUCGAAGAAGUGCCCAAGAAAUUGUAUUCUCAAAUUGUCCAAGAGCUCAAAGAAAAUGCUGCUUCUUUCUCCCCUCCUCCUGCCCCAGCUCCACGGAAGCCUGUAGUCAAGAAUGUAGAGCAAGUGAAUCAAUCUCCAGCCCCAGUAGCAAAUGGUCCAGAUAGUUCAGGGUCUUUUGAUGCCAUAAAUAAUCAAGAACCAGAAGCAGCUGAUGGCCAUUCAAUCUACAUCAAGGGGCUGCCUUUGACUGCUACUGUGUCUGUUCUUGCUGAAGAGUUCAAGAAAUUUGGACCUAUCAAGAAUGGUGGCAUUCAAGUCAGAAGUAACAGGCAACAGGGAUUUUGUUUUGGCUUUGUGGAAUUUGAAGAGGCAAAUGCUGUGCAAAAAGCAAUUGAGGCUUCUCCAAUUCCAAUUGGUGGGCGCCAAGCUGUUGUUGAGGAGAAGCGGUCUACUAAUUCACGAGUUGGAAGCAAUAAUAGAAGGUUCUUACCUGGGAGGGGUUCUGGAUUCAGAAAUGAAGGAGUGAGAGGGCGAGGAAAUUAUGGAGGUGGCAGGGGGUAUAACAGAGGAGAGUUUAAUGGCAGGAAUGAAUUCAACAACAGAGGUGGGAAUCGCGGAGGACCAUUGAACCGUGGAGGUGAUGCAUAUCAGAGGGUUGACAAUGCUGGAAGCAACGGUGGUCGCGUGAAUCGUGCUGGUGGUAUGCCUAAUGGUACCGCAAAAACCAUGGCACCACGAGUAACUGCUACUGCUUGAACAAAAUACUUGGAUUGAUCAUGAGAGCUGAUUUAAGUAGGGAUUAUAUUUUUGAAUUGCAAUAAUUCAAAAGAUUGAGUGUCUGUCAUGAAUGACCAUUAUUUUUUUCAGGGGCAUAAUGUUUCACGAGUUUUUUCGUAGUAUUAUUAUUUUUUCCUCUUAUUUCCCCUCUUAUGGGUAUAGGAUGAUAGCAGUUGAGUUGACGUAGCUUCUGUUAUAUGUAGCAUAUAGGUAUUUAAGUCCCCACAUUGAAUUGAUGGUUUUCCCGUCAUUUUGCGGACCACGUUGCAAUUGUGGAUCAGUUUUCGGGGGUUGUUGUCACCUUUAAUUGUGGAGAUGGAUUUGUUUUAGAUUAGUCA